AUGGCUGCCCAGGGCAGUUACCAGUUCCUCGGCAAGGUCGAGUACGCCAGCACGGCGGCUGAGGGCAUGACGAUCGCCCGCCGCGUGACGCCGACGGCCGGUCGCCUGGACCUGUGGACGGACCAGUCGUCGCGAGACGACAGCUACAAAGUCGGCUUGGCGGUGGCCUUCAAGCGCCACGACUACCCGCAGUGGCGGGAGCACUACACGCGGCUGGAGCCGGACGACAAGAUGCCCUCCAAGGAGGCGGAGCUACGGGCGGUCGACUUCGGACUGCGCCAGGGCAAGCGUUGGCUCCGCGCCGACGACAACAAGUUGGACCUCUACUGCGAGGUCAGGAAAGUCGUGGACCGCAUCCGCGACUACCAGCCGGGUGACGGCCUCUGGGGCGAGGAUGCCUGCAAGAGCAUCCACCAGACCGUCGCCGAGAUCCAGCAGAACAAGCACUGGGCGGAGGAGGGCAUCCCGUGCGUGGUGAGGUUUACCCUCGUCAAGGCGCACGCGCAUCGGAAGACUGGUGGUGGUGACGGUGGUUACCCCAUCAUGGGUAACUGCUGGGCCGACUACUGGGCGUCCGUGGUGGUCGAUGGCGGACAAUCCAAGAGCCAGAGCCAGGAGCAGGUGGACUGGGAUAUCCGCCAGAUGAUCGAGAAGCGGCAGAAGGAGGAUAUCGCAAGUUUGAAGCAGGAGAUGGAGGAGAUCGAGGCUGUGUUGGCCGCCGAGAAGGCCAUGUCCGAGGAGCAGAUGAUGAACGAGUAG